AUGAUGGGAGGGUUUAAGAGAUUUGGCCUUUAUACUCUGGCAUGGACGUUACUGUGCAUACAUGUACCCUUCAUCUUGGCCUACGCCGCAGCCGACACUGGUGUGAAGAGCAUUUUCCUCUUCAAAGACGUUCUGCAGUCGAACACCACAGCACUCAAGACUUCCGGCUUCGAUACCCUUCUCAUUUUCCGGAUCGGUCUCCUCGACAACGGCGACCUUGUGUAUUACUCAACCGGAGAUGCGGGCGACGCAGUCGACGCACCCGUUGUGACCAACGGCUCAUAUGUUGGUGGAACCGCCUUGGCGGAAAAGAUCAAGUCGUUCAAGACUGGCACGACCAACAUCAACAGAGUGGAGAUCUCGCUGGUAUCCCAUGAUACAACAUUCCAAAUCAUCCGCGACUUGAUCAAUGCAGACGGGACAAGCUCUGACACAAAGUUGUACAAGAACUUUGAGAUCCUAAAGACUGAAUGGGACAUUGACGCAUUCAAUAACGACGAUGAAGGGGUCUACGACGUGGCGAGCACAGUCAGUUUCGCCCAGAUGCUCGGGGAGAUGGGGUACCAGUAUUCGAUCGCACCGUACACCAAUAGCGGCUUCUGGGCCAACGUCAAGGCACAGAUUGAUUCUGCGAGCCCCGGUCUGUUCGAUAGGGUGUAUCUGCAGGUCUACGACGGCGGAGCUGGCAACAACCCCGGGACGUGGCAGACUACCCUCGGCACGAAGGUCAUUCCUCUCCUGUGGGUGACUAAUGACGCAAAGCCAUCCUCAGGAACCACCGCGGCGCAAGCUCAGCAGCGAUUCGAGAGCUGGUUCUCGCAAUACGCCGUGGCGGGGGGUGGGUACUGGAAUGAUUACGAUAUUGAGAAGAUGGACUCAUCUUACUCAGAUUAUGGAGCAGCGCUAACCAGUGUUUUCUGA